AUGGCUAGACCACAACAUGUGGACGGAUCUUCCUGCCCUGUCAGAGCUCAACAGACACAAUCGCAAACUCUGCCUGAGUGUGAGAAAUUCGGGCCAACCACUGCACCCUCGCAUCCGAUCGAGGGUGCCCUGCGCGAUAUUUAUUGGGCCCUCAGUUGCAUCAGCUUGCCCAUGCUUGUCUUAACAGCAACGUUCAUGGGCCUUGUGUAUGUCUACAGAGUCUCGCAUGGCCCGGGUGCUACCGACAGCUCAUUGAGCUCCCCAUUCGUCGACGAUUCCAACGCCUACUAUGUCAACUACAGUGCAACGAGACUGAUAACCGUCUCAUCAUGGACAAGCACUGUAACCUCAUUUGCAUCGUCGUUUGUUAUGGCUCUUGUCUCAUACCCGAUUGCCAAAAGCUACUUGAGCAGAUCCCAGGCACUAUCAAUGGAGCAACUCCCAACGCCUUAUCAGCUGCGUCUCAUCAUUGGUUGUGUCGGUGGCGGCUUCGGAUCGCUGUGGUCUUGGUUGCAGUACUGUUUUUGGCGUCAUCGGAGUAAACAGCCCACAUUGCUAUGGGUGAGUGCCUUGAGUCUUCUUGGGGCCGGUGCCCUCAGCUUUGCUAUACUUGCCGUCGAUACGUGGCUGCAUGUAACAACCUCUACAAUAAGUUACGACGCCAUCUCUCCCGUCUCCCAGCCAUCAUUCAAUUAUGGGCGGAAAAUGGAUCCAUCCUGCCAUGGCGAAACCAGGGCCAGCGGAGUAUGUAUAGGGAACAACUUUGCUGGUCUCCUCUAUUUUGAGAGCCUCACAAACGCCACGGAGACUUUAAUGAAUCUCUCAAGCACCAACAUUGUAUUGCCGUGUCAUUUGGAUGGUCGGGACCUCGCCUACCUCACCGCCGCGGACCGGCAUCCUGAUCUUGAUUUCCAGGCGAAGACCUUCGCCAUAAGUACACAAUGUACGCCUGUCAGCAAGCAGUGUAAUCUGCAAGCGGUUUCCUGGUGUCCUUUUCCGCAAGGCUGCAACUCGCAGGUCCAGUUGGCGCGAGGCAUGCCUUACGACUGCGGGCCCACCCUCUUCGGUGGUCUGGCGAAUAACACCGGUACUCCUUUCAACAGUUCUCUGCUUGAUGAUUCCCAGGCCGGCAUCUCUUCAGGGAUCGCAAGCACUAACGGAUUCUUCCUGCAGCUGUUCAGAAAGCCAAACUUCUCGGAACCUUUCGGCACUGCACCCGACUCUCCCAACCCGUUCUACUUUGCUACGGGUGCUCGUGUCGCCGCCUCAGCCGCGUUGGCUGCGGACUCCGAGGCGGUUCAGAAUAAUGCCGAUGCUGACUAUGGCUUUAUCUUCUCUUGCAAUUCAGAAUUUUUCGAACUGGAUUACAAGAUGAUCAACGGCAGCUUUGCGGGCGGAACGACAACUCCGGUGGACGGGACACUCGCUUCCAACGCUGUCUUCACAUUCAUCUACUAUCUAUCAUAUACCCAGAACGUCAUGGAAGGGGCUUUCAUCAGCGGAGGUGUGCAAUCCAACAAUUCCGAACAAUUUGCAAACUUCCUUGCACAGCGUUUCAGUGAGACGACGCUGAGCAUGGUGUCAGGGCUGACGGUUGCGAGCCCCAAUAUCGCCGAGCAGACCCGGGAGCGUCUACUUGUGACGCGACUUCCAAAGGCCCCAUUCUUCGUUUUAAUUGUUCUCAACCUCAUAUACGCGCUGCUGGGUAUUAUCCUGGCCAUCACGGCGCUGGCGAGUCAGCCGAGAAGAUCACGAUCUAUCCAAGCUCGGCUGAGUAUAGGUGGAAUCAUCGCCGCAUUCCUGGAGCCAGAAGUCCACGAGGCCGCCUCCGCGAGCAAGAAAAGCAAUAGUGGAAUAGAAGGGGCGUUUGCCGAGUACUACAACGACAGUGAACUCAGCGAUGAGGGAAGGGUUCUCGUGAGCGACAGAGUUGGCAAUGUUGGGUUUGAGAAGAUCCAGCCGCAGACGAAAGUCGAGAUCUCAACACGAAACAAUGAUGAACCUGUUGCUCAUGCUUCUCCGGCGCUGCUGGAUGAAGAGCCAAACACUGAAACGGAGCCAACACGAUUAGAAUCGUCACGCACGAGUCUCAGUCGCUAA